AUGCAGGCAUUCAAUCCAAAGGUACACCUGGCGUUCGAGCCGCCAAAGGCGCGGCACUCCUUCACGGAGCUGGGCCUGGACAGGCCAAAAAAUACGCCAGACAUGUGUUUUACGGAGCCGUUCCCACUGUUUUCGCCCGAAGGUGUGCGCAUGAUUCGCCGCGAGCUGCUCAGCAAGAAAGUGCUGGACAAGCACCUAACAUCUUGGCCGCGGGCGCCGUGCAUUAUCAGCGGCCAUGAGGAGACGGCGACAUGGAUCCGGGAGAUGUGGUGCCACCCGGCCGUGCGAGAAAGCGUGGAAACGGCCUUUGGGCUGCCGCUGCAGAUCCUAGGUCGGCGAGGAGAGAUUGGGCACUGCAACGUGCAGCUGGGAGCAGGAGGAGUUGAGGCCGUGUAUCAGCUGGGAGAGGAGGCCGCCCUUGACGAGACAGACGGGACGAGCGUGAGCACCAAGGAGAAAGCCGAGCAGGCGGACAGCCAGGGCGUCGAGUCGGCGUACGACGACGUGCUCACGGACGCCUGGCACCGAGACUCGACGCAGGUGGUGGUUGUGGUGAUGCUGAGCGACGCAACGACGAUGGAAGGUGGCGAGACAGCGAUCCGCGAUGGCAGCGGCCACGUCUUGAAGGCGCGGGGAGCGCAGGCUGGCAGCGCGGUGCUGAUGCAGGGCGCACACACGUGGCACGCAGCGCUGCGGGCGACAGGGGGCGCACAUGAGCGCAUCAGCAUGGUGACCAGCUGGCACUUCCGCGAUGCCGACUUGGACGACAGCGGCACAUCGCUGCGCAGUAUCCGGUCCGACGAGCCGAUGGCGGCCUGCAUCCAGGACCACUUCUUUGCCCACAAGCUGCGCAAGCUGCGCGACCGCAUCGACGUCCAGCUUGACCGACUCGAGGCCCGACGCGUUGUCCCGGCCGAGGACCCCGACCGGCCGCUGCUCGGCCGCGCCGUCGUCGAGGAAUGGGUGGGCAACCAGCUCGGGCUGCUAACCCAGACCGCCUGGGAGCUGUGUGAGCGCUGCCCCCGCUGGCUCUACCAGGACGUCCCACCGGCUGUCAUGGCCGACUACGGCUGCCGUCUGGUCGUGGACAGCACCAAAGACGCCACCAGCAGCAGGCUUCCGAUCGUCUCGCGCGUGUUUUCUCCCGAUUGGGACAUUGGCUUUCUUGCCGGCCUGUUUGCCGGCAUCUCUGUGGCCCUGCUGUCGGCACGCAGCGUGCGAUAG